UCGAAAGUGCAGCGGUCGUGGGUAGGAGCAUCAGAGGGCAGCGUGCGUCACCGAGUCGCUUCUCUUCGGAGCCCUUCGCAGUCGAGGGCUCACCCCGCGGCGGACUUCUCUACGCUCUCGGUUCCCUCCCGGGCCUCCGACCUCUAGCCAGGGCUCCCCGCACCACCCCGGCGCCAGCCGGCGACAGGGAGGCAGGAUGGAGUUCAAGCUGGAGGCUCACCGCAUUGUCAGCAUCUCCCUCGGCAAGAUCUACAACUCGCGAGUGCAGCGCGGCGGCAUCAAGCUGCACAAGAACCUGCUGGUCUCGCUGGUGCUGCGCAGCGCCCGCCAGGUCUACCUGAGCGACCCGUGUCCCGGCCUCUACCUAGCGGGGACUCCGACGCCGCAGCCCGGGGAGCCGGCGGCCCAGCCACCUGCCGGCUGGGGAGAGCCGCCCCCGCCCGGAGCCCGCGCCGCCUGGUCGGACCCGGAGCCGCAACCGCAGCCGCACGGCGCGGCGGGGCCGGCCGGGAGCCACGCGGGCUGCCCGGCGCCCUGCUCGACCCCGCUGAAGAAGCCGCGCCGGGACGGGGCGGAGGAGGACGCGGAGGAGGAGAUGGAGACCGGGAACGUGGCGAACCUCAUCACCAUCUUCGGGUCCAGCUUCUCCGGACUCUUGCGGAAAAGCCCCGGGGGCGGCCGGGAAGAGGAGGGGGGCGAGGAGAGCGGCCCGGAAGCCGCCGAGCCCGGGCAGAUCUGCUGCGAUAAGCCGGUGCUGAGAGACAUGAACCCUUGGAGCACAGCCAUCGUGGCCUUCUGAGGGCCCGGCGGGGCCGUGGAGCGUGAGCAGCGGGCGUCCCCCCAGGGAGGGCCGGAACUCUCCCGGCUGCGAGGACGCCCCAGGGACCGCCGGCGCCGUGCGCCCCGGGGAGAGCGCUGGCUGCCGGGCGGCGAGCUCGGCCCCCGGGUUGGGCAGCCCCGCUGUGCCCCGUGGCUCUCGAGUCUCCGCUUGGGACCCGAGUUGGGGGCUCGUAGAAAGUGGACGAUCGUUAACUUUUGUGUAUGUGUGUGUCCGUGUUUCUGUAAGUUUGUCCUGUUGAAUUGAGUCUGUUUUGACCUUCUGGAAUGCACCACCCCUUCCCCGAGCUGAAGACCUCGCGGCAGACAGGGACUUUCCUUUGCCGGCCGCUCAGAGAAGGAAGCGGCAGAAAGGUUGGAGGCCGGGGAGUUCCCCAUUCGUGCUGGGGGAGGGAGGGACUUUACACACACCCCUCAAACGAAAGCUGGAGCCGCACCCGGCCUGUGCGUUUCCUCCCAGGAUUUCCUCAGACUAGGGGGAUUGAGUCGGCAGUAAGGACUUGUAUUAUUUCUCUCUCUCUCUCUCUCCCCAUCAUUCUCUAGCACAGAAGAAAUGUUUAAACCCUAUGAUUACUCUGGGAAAGGGGAGUAUUAAGGGACCGUGGCUUCCCCCCAGGGGAAAAAAGCUUGAUGAACUUCACAGAAGAGUUCAAGCUUGGAAAUAUGGAGUUUAUAGAGAAAAAUUAUAUUUUUAAAAGCUGUAGCUCAAAACUACUAAACAGUGCUUUUAAAAAGUGUUUAAUGAAACAAAGUUUACAGACAGAAGCCCUAAGUGGAAAGACCUUAUGGUUUUGUAGAUAUAGUGACUCCAGUCUUUGUUGUAUAAAGGUUGGGGGAGCUGAUAAGGUUUUGUACAGUAUUUUCUCCUUCGUUGUAUUGAUUUUUGUAUAAAAAUGUAACUUUACGUGUCCAACACGUAUUAAAUAUUUUGAAGCAA